AUGACUUCGGACGGCCCCUUUGGCCCCGUCGUCAACGGCACGCAAAUCGUCUUUUACGAGUACCGCCCAAACAAGCCCGCAGCAAUCACGUUCAUUGCCCUAUUCGGCCUCGCCACGCUGUGCCACCUGGUGUACCUGGUCCUGUUUCGGGCUUGGUUCUCCAUCCCGCUCAUUCUUGGCGGCGUCGGUGAAGCCUUUGGCUACUAUGGCCGCUGUCGCUCGUCCGACACGCCAGACGUUGCCGGGCCGUUUAUCCUUCAGAAUCUCCUCAUCCUUGCCUCCGCCCCGUUCAUCGCCGCCACCAUGUACAUGACGCUGGGGCGCAUCAUCGUGGCCAUGAACGCCCGACGCCACGCCCUCAUCAGCCCUCGCUGGCUCACCAAAAUCUACAUUCUCAUCGACAUCGGCUGCGUUGCCACCCAGGUGAUUGGGUCGGUGCUGCCCGCGUCCGGGGAGGAGAGCGCCAUUGAGCUAAGCAAACAGAUCCUGCUGGGCGGGCUCAUCACGCAGGUGGCGGCGCUGGCGCUCUUUGCGCUCACCUGCUGGCACGCGCAUCGCAGGAUCAAGAGUGGCCAGCCGCUGCCGGACCUGACAAUCAGCUGGCAGAACCAUUUCCGUACGCUAGAGGUGGCGACGUUGCUUCUGGUCGUGCGGAGCGUCGUGCGGAGCGUCGAGUACCUGCAGGGCGAGGGUGGCUACGUCGUUUCCCACGAGGUAUUCAUCUACGUGUUUGACGCGCUGCCCAUGUUCCUGAUUAUGGUGGCGUUUGCGGUGCUCCAUCCGGCGAGGCUGAUCAAGGACGCUCGGCAAUUGAUGGGUGACUGGGAAGGCCACGCCAUGCUAGAUAGGACCGGCAAGUAG